GGGGGGCGGAGAUUCAUAAGGAGCCGCUUCAUAUCGGACUGGUCCCGGCGUCCCGCACAACAAAUGGCCGUGAACCGAGAGAGAGGCAGAGUGUGAUCCAGGUUUUUCUUUUCUCUCUCAGUGCGACUACAGUGAGAGCUGCCUCCAUGCUCACAUAGUAUGUUAGAAAGGGCAAGACGCGCUCUUCAUCCUCACACUCUGUACAUUUGAUCCAUCUGGCAAAAGAAUGGGAGAGUCCUGUUGACACCACGGAGAGAUACACGCUGAGACCGACUAUGGCUGUGGACGCGGCGUCCAGCUUCAGUUUUUGCCGUGCCUCCCUGGAGCACACGGUGUCUGCUGAGGAGCUGAGCUACCAGCUGCCGCGUCGCACCGGAGGCAGCAACCUGACCUGGCACGACGGCCGUGGCCAGAAGACAGCACACACACGCACCGUCAAACUACUGCAGCAGCCCGGCACAGAGGGCAUCCAGCUGCGUCCGGGCGAAGCCUUCACUGUGUAUCACACGAGUCCUACGCUGUCCAGUCUGUCUAAGCCUGUGGUGCUGUGGACUCAGCAGGAUGUCUGCAAGUGGCUUAAGAAACACUGUCCUCACAACUACCUGACCUAUGUAGAGGCCUUCUCCCAUCACGCCAUCACAGGACGGGCGUUGCUGCGUUUGAAUGGGGAGAAGCUUGAGAGGAUGGGAAUCGUCCAGGAAACGCUGAGGCAGGAGGUCCUCCAACAAGUCCUCCAGCUGCAGGUCAGAGAAGAGGUCCGUAACCUGCAGCUCCUUAGUAGAACCUCUUUUGGAAACUUCUCUUAGCUCGUCCCUGGAUCCAUUUGGCAGCCCUUUCCCUCAUCCCCUGUCACAAUACAUCUCUAGGAGCCAUGGAAGAGCUGCUGUCUUCAGAUAUGUGAGCGGGGAAUCAACGAGUGAAAGGAGGACGAGCCUAUAGACUACAUGCCAGCCAGUCUGGAGGAUUCUCAUUCAACACGGCCAAUGUGGUUUACAGACACUGAGACAGAGACAAAGCCCCGCUGAAGGCACGGGUACCCACUGUAACAUAGUGAUAAGAUGUAAUAUUCACAACACUAGUGAUGAUGUAGGCCUGCCACUGGUAUAUGGUUGAUCGCAGCAAAUCUCCUUUUGGUUUCUUUUUUCACUCGGAUCAGACCGAGUGGCCAAUUUCGACAGAACCUCGUGAAAAACCACACUUGGGUUUAUUUUUGACAUAUGCUUUACAUGUGCACAAGCAGUUUUUUGUCUCACAGUUGUUCCUCCCUCUUUCAGCAAACUUCAUUACAUGAAUAACUCUUUGGCAUGUUUUCACAUCACCUUAACCUUUGGACCCAGUGAUGCUGAAAACUUGUGGUGGAAACUUAAGACACGCAACGCCACGAGUCUGUUCACAGGGAAUUACAGGGAAUUAGAGCUCGUCUUAAAUGCAUUUGACUAAUAACGAUACAAUUUCUAAUCAAUUCCUCACCCAUGGGUCACACUGCAUUUUCCUCUCAGGACUUUUGAUUUUGGAAUUGUAGGUUUGGAGCAUCCACAAUAACGCGAAUGUCAUUCCAACAAUCAGUCUUUUUGUAUUGUGACUGAUCAACAGUAUGUCAGUGAGAAAUUAGAAAUAUAUAAACAGUAUGAGCGUUGUAGAAUAACUGUAAAUCUGCGUAUACUGUAACAGUACCUUAGUCUUUUAUUAAGAGUGGAUUCCGAGGACACAGAGUUAAUGUGAUAAUCACUGACUGCUUAUCAAAGCAAUAAUUUAAAUGAUAAAAGGUGGAGAGGAGUAGAACUGUAUGGGAUAAAUACGUAUUAACAAAUCAUUUUUAAGGGUCUGAAAUGCAAGUAUGAGUGUCUACUGAGGGGAAAUAUACAUUUAGCCUGUUACAGUGGCAGCAUUUGCCAGCCUCAUAGCUUCUGUGUGCUACUGUAUGCUGUAUGUCAUCUGUCGUACACAAAUACUAAGAAAAAAGGACAAGCCUCUGUUGUAUUCUACCCACUCUCUGUCCCUGGUGUGACACUGUGAUUUCAAAUGCUCAGAAAUCAAGACACCAUGACAGCAACCCAGACGCAAGAUCGCGACAGUGUGACUGACAGCAGCAGACAGCUACGUAUGAUGAAGAGGUUUAAGUCACAGAAAUAAAUACAAGACAUAAAUGAAUAAAGAAAACAACAAACUAAAAGCAUCCCUCCACCUUUCCUUUGACAAGGAGUCUUUGGGUAAUGUAAGUAAUUGACUGUUAAAAGGGAGAAAACGCCUUGUAUUAUUUUUGGAUUACCUGAUGUACUGUAAAUAUUGACACUUUUGGCUUACUUUGUCAGAAUGAAAUGCAAAAAGGGAAACUGUAACAUAUUUAUCUGCUUUACAGAUAUGAAGACGUGGUAUGGAACGUGAUGAAAACUCUUUUUAGAAUAAACUAAUUGAGA